GGUCAACAUGCGUUAACAACACACAAAAAAAGAUGCUGCUGUGUUCUUUGUUGUAAUAAAUCAGUUUUGUUUUGCACCUACUUCAUUUGGCGCAAGCGUCUCCGAACCACAGCCUGUCUGUUUUACAUACAACAGAGAUGUUCAGUGCAACAGUUUUGUAAAACAGGUGAAUGUCAAAAAGGAGGCGUGAUCCAGACCCAUGCAGAAUGAAACAUGAAGAUAUCGAGGAACAAAUAGAUUUGUUGAAGGAUGAAAGUGAUGAACUGAAUGAAGUGAAGAAGAAACAUCAGUGUCAGAAACCUCUGAAUCUUGAAAUACUAGAAAUGGCUUCUAGUGGUUUGCAGAAACACAAGAUUUUCUUUCCAAAAAGAAAGCAAAAAACAGAAGCAAACACGUCUUUCAACUGUCCACAGUGUGGAAAGUGUGUCAAAUGCAAAUCAACGCUCGACUGUCACAUGAAAAUUCACACUGGAGAUCGCCCUUACAGAUGUCUUCAUUGUGGAAAGAGUUUUAGACUGAAAAGUUAUCUUGAAGCACAUAUGAGAAUUCACACUGGGGAGUGCCCAUUCACAUGUCCUCAGUGUGGAAAGAGUUUUAAGCAUAAACAUCAUCUUGAGAAGCACACGAGAAUUCACACUGGAGAGCGCCCAUACACAUGUCCUCAGUGUGGAAAGAGUUUCAUACACAAACAGAAUCUUGUGGUGCACAUAAAAACUCACACUGGAGAGCAGACAUACUCAUGUCCUCGGUGUGAAAAGAGUUUUACACGAAAAUCAAGUCUUCACGGGCACAUGAGGAUUCACACUGGAGAGCGCCCAUACACAUGUCCCCAGUGUGGAAAGAGUUUCACACAGAAAUCAGGUCUUGACAGUCACAUGAGAAUUCACACUGGAGAGCGCCCAUACACAUGUCCUCAUUGUGGAAAGAGUUUCAAAUCUGAGAAUAGACAUAUAGAAGACGAGGAAAAAGACACAAUAGAGAACUUGCUUGUAGCUUUGGGCUAUUUGUUGAAGGAUGAAAGUGAUGAACUGAAUGAAGUGAAGAAGAAACAUCAGUGUCAGAAACCUCUGAAUCUUGAAAUACUAGAAAUGGCUUCUAGUGGUUUGCAGAAACACAAGAUUUUCUUUCCAAAAAGAAAGCAAAAAACAGAAGCAAACACGUCUUUCAACUGUCCACAGUGUGGAAAGUGUGUCAAAUGCAAAUCAACGCUCGACUGUCACAUGAAAAUUCACACUGGAGAUCGCCCUUACAGAUGUCUUCAUUGUGGAAAGAGUUUUAGACUGAAAAGUUAUCUUGAAGCACAUAUGAGAAUUCACACUGGGGAGUGCCCAUUCACAUGUCCUCAGUGUGGAAAGAGUUUUAAGCAUAAACAUCAUCUUGAGAAGCACACGAGAAUUCACACUGGAGAGCGCCCAUACACAUGUCCUCAGUGUGGAAAGAGUUUCAUACACAAACAGAAUCUUGUGGUGCACAUAAAAACUCACACUGGAGAGCAGACAUACUCAUGUCCUCGGUGUGAAAAGAGUUUUACACGAAAAUCAAGUCUUCACGGGCACAUGAGGAUUCACACUGGAGAGCGCCCAUACACAUGUCCCCAGUGUGGAAAGAGUUUCACACAGAAAUCAGGUCUUGACAGUCACAUGAGAAUUCACACUGGAGAGCGCCCAUACACAUGUCCUCAUUGUGGAAAGAGUUUCAAACACAAACAGAGUCUUAAGGUACACAUGAGAAUUCACACUGGAGAGCGCCCAUACACAUGUCCCCAGUGUGGAAAGAGUUUCACACAGAAAUCAAGUCUUGAGGUGCACAUGAGAAUUCACACUGAAGAGCGCCCAUACACAUGUCCCCAGUGUGGAAAGAGUUUCAAACACAAUCAGAAUCUUAAGGUACACAUGACAAUUCACACUGGAAAGCGCCCAUACACAUGUCCUCAGUGUGGAAAGAGUUUCAAACACAAACAGAAUCUUAAGGUACACAUGAGAAUUCACACUGGAGAGUGCCCAUACACAUGUCCUCAGUGUGGAAAGAGUUUCAACCACAAACACAAUUUUGAGGCGCACAUGAGAAUUCACACUGGAGAGCGCCCAUACACAUGUCCUCAGUGUGGAAAGAGUUUCAAACACAAACAGCAUCUUGGGGUGCAUGUGAGAAUUCACACUGUGGAGCAUCCAUAUUUAUGUCUUCAGUGUGGAAAGGGAUUUGUACAGAAAUCAAGUCUUGAAGCACAUAUGAGAAUUCAAACUGGAGCGCGCCUAUACACAUGUCAUCAGUGUGGAAAGACUUUUAAACAUAAACAUCAUCUUGAGAGGUACACAAGAACCCACGCUGGAGAAAGCCCAUAAGCAUGUUGGAAAGGGAUUCCAACAGGCACUGUCAAAGAGACGCUGUGACCAGAGACUUUUAUUAUGACAUUUAUUAUGAACUGAAUCCUGCACUACAUCACAUAUACACUUAUUACAUACAUUUCUGUUUAUGUGCAAAAAAACAUCAAUUAACGUAGAACUGUUAAUAAUUCCAUGUGAGUAUGCCUAUGUCUUUUGAUGAUGUGUUGUUCUACUAAUACAAGUGUACAAAUCAAUGUUGACAAAAUGGUUUAUUUUUAUGCUACAUUCAGCUUACGAGACAAAGACACAUGUUUAUGCAAUGCUAAGACACAACUGUUUGUUGCUUUUAUUUCUUGAAUUAUCUUGAAUUCAAAUGACUCCUUUUCCGGUUUUGUUGGUUUAGUCCUAUUAAAGGGAUAGUUCAACCAAAAGUGAAAAUUUUGUCGUCAUUGUAUGAAUGUCUUUGUUCUGCUGAACUCAAGGGAAGAUAUUUGGAAUAAUGUCAGGAACCAAACACAACUCAUCCCCCAUUUACUGCCCUAGUAGGAAAAAUAAAAACUUUUGUACUAUAAUACUAUUGGUAUUAAAGGGGGAUGAGAUCUGAUCAAUGGGGGAUGAGAUCUGUUUUGUUACUAGCUAGUCCUAUACGUACCUGUGCAGUUUGAAGACAGCGCCACCUAGCAUUCAUAAGAUAUCAUUUUUUUAUUAAAUUGAUUAUAACUCUUAAACGCUUUGUCUGAAUUCAUUUUCUGAUGGUCAUUGUUUC